UUGCCUCCUCUCUCUUCUAAUCUAAACUAUUCCAAUUUAAACUGGUUUUCACCAUACAAUCUACACAAAUCUUAACAUCGACUCUAUCUCUCAUUUUUUUCUUCUUCUCCCGAGUGAUGGAUUCAAAAAUAUUGUUUUCAUGUUCUCCCAAGUGGGAAUUUUUUAGUUAUUUUCUAAGAAGUCAACUAUAAAUUAACUAACCCAAAAAAUAUUUUAUACCCAACAAGCCCCUCUUCCUCACCAAUCAAAUAGCCAUUUCAGAACCUUGAAGAUUUGUAAAGCUUGAGAAGAAGAAAUUUGUAAAGUUUGAGAAGAAGAAGAUUUGAACAUGGCAGGUGGGUCUUUUGCAGGUUUGGCCAUGGAGAGAGCAGAUCAGUACCAAGGAAAGGUCACCUCCUAUGUUAUCAUCGCCUGUCUUGUUGCGGCCAUUGGAGGGUCGAUAUUUGGCUAUGAUAUUGGGAUUUCAGGAGGAGUUACAUCAAUGGAUCCAUUUCUUUCCCGCUUCUUUUAUGAAGUGUACAAAAACAAGAAAUCAGCUCAUGAAAACAACUACUGCAAGUACAACAGCCAAAAGCUUUCAGCAUUCACCUCCUCUCUUUACCUAGCCGGUUUGGUGGCGACACUGGUGGCGUCUCCAGUUACCAGAAACUACGGGCGGCGGGCUAGCAUAAUCUGCGGCGGAAUCAGCUUCUUUGUUGGUGCUGUUCUAAAUGCCUUUGCUGUCAACAUGGCAAUGCUCCUCUUGGGUAGAAUCUUGCUUGGUGUUGGAAUUGGGUUUGGAAAUCAGGCAGUUCCACUGUACCUAUCAGAAAUGGCGCCGGCUCAUCUGAGAGGAGGGUUGAACAUGAUGUUUCAGCUGGCGACCACGCUCGGAAUCUUCACAGCAAACAUGGUCAACUACGGCACCCAAAAUCUCGACGAAUGGGGCUGGAGACUCUCCCUAGGGUUAGCAGCGGUGCCGGCAUUCAUGAUGACCGUCGGAGGCAUCUUCCUCCCGGAGACCCCAAACAGCUUGGUGGAGCGAAAAUCCAAAGACAAAGGGCGAGAAGUGCUGGAGAGGAUUCGAGGGACCACGAACGUGGACGCUGAGUUCCAAGACAUCGUCGACGCGAGCGAGAUCGCCAAUUCGAUCGAGAAUCCGUUCCGGAAUAUAUUCGAGAAGAGGAAUCGACCUCAGCUUGUCAUGGCGAUCUUCUUACCCAUGUUUCAAAUCUUGACGGGGAUUAACUCGAUCCUGUUCUAUGCUCCGGUUCUGUUUCAGACUAUGGGGUUUGGUAGAGAAGCUUCGUUAUAUGCUUCGGCCAUUACUGGAGCUGUUCUUGCUUCUUCGACGUUGAUUUCAAUGGCGACCGUUGAUCGAUUGGGACGUAGGGUUUUGCUCAUCAGUGGCGGAAUAACGAUGGUCGUAUGUCAGGUGGUAGUGGCGAUAAUCUUAGGAGUGAAGUUCGGAGUCAACCAGGAACUCUCAAAGGGCUACUCCAUACUGGUUGUGAUUGUGAUUUGUCUAUUUGUUUUGGCCUUCGGAUGGUCAUGGGGGCCAUUGGGGUGGACCAUACCAAGUGAGAUUUUUCCAUUGGAGACUCGGUCAGCUGGACAGAGCAUUACAGUGGCAGUGAACUUGCUCUUCACGUUCAUAAUAGCUCAGUCUUUCCUCUCUCUACUCUGCGCCCUCAAGUUUGGGAUAUUCCUCUUCUUUUCUGGGUGGAUUACUCUGAUGACUAUCUUUGUUUUUGUUUUCUUGCCUGAAACUAAAGGAGUACCCAUUGAAGAGAUGACCUUCUUGUGGAGAAAGCACUGGUUUUGGAAGAGAAUGGUGUCUGCUUAUUGAAAAAGAAGCUUAUGUUACGUAUAGUUUAGUCAUUGUUAAAGAAGAAAAUGUUGACUUUUUAUUAGUUUAUAUAUGUAUAAUGUCAGUUGAAAAAUUGUGAAUGUGGGUUUUCGAGAGGGAGAAAAAGAAGGCCUAGUGGUUUGUACAUGGAGAGAGCAGAGCUGUGCCAAGGAAAAGUUACGUCAUACCUUAUUCAUGCAUUCAUUGUUAUCGCUUAUAUGGAGGUUUCAUAUUCGAUUUCAUUCAAUUUUAGGAUUUUUUUGCCAUUC